UCAUCACCGCCACCGUCGUCCUCCAGAAGAAUUCCAAGGCGAAAAAAAAUCCCAGAGACAAUCGAGCCCUUCAGCCCUACGCAAACCCUACACGUUUUCCCUCUGCAAUUCGUCUUCGACUCCCUCGAAGGCCGAUUGAUACCAGCAACCACAGCACCAACAACAACUACUGCACCUUAGGAGUAGAUAGAUAUUGGUUCCUGUGAAAUUGGAGUUAUAAAUGGAGAAUCGAGGUCAAAAGCGCACUGAGCUUGAUGAUGAAUUGCCAGCAGAUAAGCGGGCGUGCAAUUCAUUGGAGUUUAGAGCGAGUUCAUCAAACUCUUCAGCUCAAACCCAUAUGAAUUCUGUGAACUCUGCACCUGAAACCAAUGACCAUGAUAUGGACACUUCAUCCUCUGCUUCGGCUAAUAGUCGCUCAGAGGGAGAACGUGAGAGGGAUUCAGCAUAUGGGUCUUGUGAUUCAGAUGAUGCAGACGAAAGACACAGUGAACUCAAGGACUAUCAGAGACGGAGAUCUUCGGGUGAUCAUGGAAAGUUUAAGAGGAUCUUAUCAUCUUUAAGUGAAGACACUGACCCUUCUGGGCAGUUAGCUGUUCUCACCGAGCUAUGUGAAGUCCUGUCUUUCUGUACAGAGGACUCACUAUCCGGGAUGACGUCAGACGCAUUAUCACCGCUUCUUGUUAGACUUGCUAGGCAUGAUACUAACCCGGAUAUCAUGCUAUUGGCUAUAAGGGCUAUAACUUAUUUAUGCGAUGUGUAUCCGAAGUCAUCUGGCUUCCUUGUUAGGCAUGAUGCAGUUCCUGCUCUUUGCCAGAGACUAAUGGCUUUUGAAUACUUGGAUGUACCUGAGCAGUGUCUACAAGCAUUGGAGAAAAUGUCACGGGAGCAGCCACUUGCGUGCUUACAGUCUGGGGCAAUAAUGGCUGUUCUGAAUUAUAUCGAUUUUUUUUCGACAAGUAUACAGAGAGUUGCCCUUUCUACUGUGGUGAACAUUUGUAAGAAACUUCCUUCUGAAUGCCCUUCACCCUUCAUGGAGGCUGUCCCCAUACUGUGCAAUCUUCUCCAGUAUGAGGAUCCUCAGCUUGUCGAAAUGGUUGCUGUUUGCUUAAUUAAAAUUACAGAACGAGUGAGCCAGUCCACUGAGAUGCUGGAUGAACUUUGUAAGCAUGGGAUGAUUCGUCAAGUCACACAUUUUAUGAGCUUGAAUACCCGGCCAACUUUAUCCCAGCCACUUAGUAAUGGUUUGAUGGGGGUACUUGCCAAACUUUCUUCUGGUUCGGUUGUAGCCUUCAGGGCUCUGUAUGAGCUUAAUAUAAGCAGCAUAUUGAAGGAUAUCUUAUCUACAUAUGACCUCUCUCAUGGAAUGUCCUCUAAUCAUGUGGUGGAUGGGCAUUGCAAUCAGGUAUAUGAAGUUUUGAAAUUGCUAAAUGAGCUUCUUCCAACUUCGACCAGAGAUCAAGAGAAUCCACAGUUGUCGGAUAAGGAAUCUCUUUUAGUUAAUCAACCUGAUCUUCUGCAAAAGUUUGGAAUGGAUAUACUUCCAUUGUUGACUCAGUUCGUAAACUCCGGUGCCAAUUUAUAUAUUUGCUAUGGCUGCUUAUCUGUUAUCGACAAGUUAAUUUAUUUGAGCACAUCAGACAUGCUUGUAGAAUUGCUUCAGAAGGCCAACAUUUCAAGUUUUUUGGCUGGAGUGUUUACACGAAAGGAUCCCCAUGUGUUGAUAUUAGCUCUACAUAUUGCUGAGCUAAUCCUGCAGAAACUUUCUGAUUAUUUCUUGGACUCUUUCAUAAAAGAAGGCGUCUUUUUUGCCAUUGAUGCACUGUUAACACCUGAUAAGUGUCAAUUGGUAACCCUGGAAAAAUGUUUGAGGUUGUUGUUCCCUGUGUUUAGUGGCUCACAGAUUUUGUUGGAUCCUCGUCAGAAGUCUACUUCGAGGGAGGUCCUGAGGUGCUUGUGUUAUGCUUUUGCUACUGAUAGAUCACCAUCGGUGUCAGAAAAAGGAAGUUGCAUGCUUGAAAAGGAUUCCGUUUAUAAUCUUGCAAAGCAUAUAAGGACCAAGUACUUUGCACAAGAAUUGUAUGACCCUGAGAAAGCAUUAACUGAUGUCCUUCAGAAGCUUAGAAAAUUUUCUUCUGCAAUAAGUGAUUUGAACGCGUCCACCAAUAAUGAUGCUCUUGAUCAGCAUGAAGAAAGGUUCUAUAGUAUCAUGCGUCAAGUAAUGGAAAAGCUUGGUGGACGAGAACCCAUUUCCACUUUUGAAUUUAUCGAAUCUGGAAUUCUAAGGUCCUUAAUGACUUAUCUGUCCAAUGGCCAGUACUUGAAACAAAAGGGGGAACUUAGUGCUGGUAACAGUGAUAUUUAUUCUGUAGAAAAAAGAUUUGAGGUGUUUGCAAGGCUAUUAUUUUCUCCUUUAGACAUGAUCACUGUGGACCUACCCAUGAUAACAUUAAUACGCAAACUGCAAAAUGCGCUAUCUUCUUUGGAAAAUUUCCCUGUUAUUUUGAGCAAUGUGCCCAAGCUAAGAAGUUCAUAUGCUACACUUCCAUAUGGGCGUCGCACAACAUAUCCAUGUAUUAAAGUUCAUUUUGUGAAAGACAAAGGGGACACGCGUCUUUGUGAUUACCGUGAAGGUGUUCUGACUGUGGAUCCUUUUUCCUCAUUGCAUGCCAUUGAAGAAGUUCUGUGGCCUAAAGUCAAAGCAAAAAGAACCAGCCACAUUAAAUCACCUACACAAGUUAAGGACCAAUCUGAAAGUCUACCGGAUCAAUCACCAUCAAAUGCAAGCUCUAGCCAAGGGGGAAGUCCACAUCCUAUGGAGCCUGAAAGCAUGUCAACGGACUUGCCUGAGUUGCAGGAACCUGUGGAAAAAGAAGCACAAUGUGCCUCAGAGGAAGACAUUGAGAUGGAAGAACAGUAUCCAGUAUCUUGUAGCAAAGAAGAUUCUUCUUCGAAACUGUUAUUUUAUCUUGAAGGGCAACAGCUGGAGCCAUCAUUGACAUUGUACCAAGCAAUUCUGCAACAACAAAUGAACGAACAUGAAAUUGUCAUUGGUUCAAAACUUUGGAGUCAAGAAUACACAUUAACAUACAGAAAGGGAGGUCAAUAUGGUACACAUAAAGAAUGUCUUUGUUCAGCAGAAAGUUCUGCUCAGAAAGUUGACGUACAUGAGUUGUAUACUUCAUUUUUCUCCAGCUCGUUUGCUUAUGAUCUUGCUUCUGACUUGGAGAAGUCAAGUCCCGUUUAUGAUAUAAUAUACAUCCUCAAAAGCUUGGAAAGGAUGAAUAAGCUUAUAUUUCAUCUGAUGUCUCGUGAAAGAAUAUGUGCUUUUGCUAAAGGGAAAAUCGAUGACUUGGAUAAUUUUCAGACAGCAGUUAUUCCAGUGCCUCAGAAUGAGUUCGUGAGCAGUAAAUUGACAGAAAAAUUGGAACAACAGAUGCGGGAUGCUUUAGCAGUGUCCAUUGGUGGUAUGCCUUUGUGGUGUAAUCAGUUAAUGGAAUCGUGUCCCUUUUUAUUUAGUUUUGAGGUCAAAUGUAAGUACUUCCGUUUGGCAGCAUUUGGCCCACUGCUAGGUCAGCCUCAUUCACCAUCUUAUAGGGAUUCAGGGGUGACCAGUGACAGGAGACUAAGCUCCGGAAGCAUGCCUCGAAAAAAGUUUUUGGUUUUCCGCAACCAAAUUCUGGAUUCUGCUGCCCAAAUGAUGGACCUGCAUGCCAGGCAGAAGGUGCUCCUUGAGGUGGAAUACAAUGAAGAAGUUGGUACUGGUCUUGGUCCAACCUUGGAAUUCUACACCUUGGUGAGUCACGAGUUUCAGAAGUCUGGUCUAGGCAUGUGGAGAGAGGAUCGUGGGUCUUUUACCACUGGUACAAGCCAUGCUGGGGACAGUGGAAUUUUGAUAUGUCCUUUUGGUCUUUUCCCUCGUCCAUGGUUGGGUACAUCUGAUGAGAUACAGACACAGUUCAGUGAAGUAAUUAAGAAGUUUGUCCUUUUGGGGCAAAUCGUAGGAAAAGCGCUCCAAGAUGGGCGUGUCUUGGAUGUGCAUUUCUCCACAGCCUUCUACAAACUUAUUCUUGGCAAGGAACUUGGUGUGUAUGACAUCCUGUCAUUUGAUCCUGAGCUUGGCAAGACACUGCUAGAGUUUAAGGCUCUUGUAGACAGGAAAAAAUUUUCGGAAUCCAUUCAGGGAGAAAGUACAACAUUGAAAUUUGACUUGUGCUUUCGGAAAACCCAUAUUGAGGAUCUUUGUCUUGAUUUCACACUUCCUGGCUAUCCUGAUUUUAUUCUGUCGUCUAGGCCUGAUCAUAAAAUGGUAAAUAUUACAAAUUUGGAAGAUUAUGUUUCACUAGUGGCGGAUGCAACUGUAACUGCUGGAAUUUCUAGACAAGUGGAAGCUUUCAAAUCUGGCUUUAACCAGGUUUUCCCUAUUGAGCAUCUUCAGAUUUUCACCGAAGAAGAAUUAGAGCGUUUAUUAUGUGGAGAACGUGAUUCUUGGGCUUUCAAUGAGCUCCUUGAUCAUAUCAAAUUCGACCAUGGUUACACAGUUAGCAGUCCUCCCAUUAUCAAUUUGCUGGAAAUCAUAGACAAGUUCGACCAAGAACAGCGAAGAGCGUUUUUGCAAUUUGUGACUGGGGCACCUCGCUUACCUCCUGGAGGUUUUGCAUCUCUCAGUCCGAAGUUAACUAUUGUUCGAAAGCAAUCUAGCAACUGCGCAGACUUAGACCUACCAAGCGUGAUGACUUGUGCAAAUUAUCUUAAGCUGCCGCCUUACUCUUCACAAGAGACGAUGAAAGAGAAGCUGUUAUAUGCCAUUACGGAAGGGCAGGGAUCAUUCCACCUUUCGUAGCCUUCCGUUUCUCAAUCCGAAGGGUCAGUUCAACUGUGAAUUUGUAAUUAUUAGAGUAGGCCUUUGCUGGUGUAGAUAACAAGAACGGGUGGCUGUUGAUGGUGAUGGAACACAGUGCUGGAACAAGUCGAAGCUUCUUUGACUGACUAAUUGGUAGGUCGUGUGAAUGCCUGGAAAAUUUUAGGUAGUUGGGAAAUUUCAGGUAGCUGUAGAAAAGAAAGGAUGGGGACGUUCAGAUUGAUGGUUUUGCAUUUCCUUACAAAGCUGUGGACAGAGGUCUUUGAUCAUUACAGUUUCCUUUUUGGUUGCAGUGGAAAAUAGUUAGUCUUUGGUUGUUGAAUAAGUUGAUGUAAAUUUAGUUGCAGUUUCUUUCUAACCAAUAUUCUGAUGUGAUAUUCUACCACAUUUUAAAUGCAUCAUUUUUAGCUAA